GGAGCCUGGGGCCACAGGCCACAGGGGACAAGGGCCAGACAGCCCGGCCAUGGCUCUGGGCCAUUGAUCCAGCCCAGGCUGGCUGGUGGGGGCAGGGAGACCUUGGCCUGGACAAACAGAGGCUCUGGGGCCUGCGUGCAGGCCCGGCACCCACCUGCCACUCCCAGAGGAUGCCCACGGCCGAGGCCCCCCAGGCAGCUGGAGGACAGGGCGAUGGAGGUGAUGGCGAGGAGGCAGAGCCGGAGGGGAUGUUCAAGGCCCCCAAGGACUCCAAGAGAAAAGUCCGGGACUACCUCCGCCUGGCGCCCCUGUGGCUGGCCCUUGUCGUGCUGGCUUCGGUGGGGGUCCUGCUCUGGUAUUUCCUAGGGUACAAGGCGGAGGUCACGGUCAGCCAGGUGUACUCGGGGAGCCUCCGCGUGCUCAAUCGCCACUUCUCCCAGGACCUCGCCCGCCGGGAGUCCAGUGUCUUCCGCAGUGAAACGGCCAAAGCCCAGAGGAUGCUCAAGGAGCUCAUUGCUAGCACCCGCCUGGGGCCUUACUACAACUCCAGCUCAGUCUAUUCGUUUGGGGAGGGGCCUCUCACCUGCUUCUUCUGGUUCAUCCUCCAAAUCCCCGAGCACCGCCGGCCGAUGCUGAGCCCCGAGGUGGUGCGGGCGUUGCUGGCGGAGGAGAUACAGUCCACGGCCAACGGCUCGGCCCCCGCCCCCUACAGGGCCGACUACGAGGUGGACCCCGAGGGCCUGGUGAUCCUGGAGGCCAGCGUGAAAGACAUAGUUGCCCUGAACGCCACGCUGGGCUGCUACCGCUACAGCUACGUGGGCCAGGGCCAGGUCCAACGGCUGAAGGGGCCCGACCACCUGGCCUCCAGCUGCCUGUGGCACCUGCAGGGCCCCAAGGAUCUCAUGCUCAAACUCCGGCUCGAGUGGACGCUGGCCGAGUGCCGGGACCGGCUGGCCAUGUACGACGUGGCCGGGCCCCUGGAGAGGAGGCUCAUCACCUCGGUCUACGGCUGCAGUCGCCAGGAGCCCGUGGUGGAAGUCCUGGCAUCCGGCGCCGUCAUGGCCGUGGUCUGGAAGAAAGGCCUGCACAGCUACUACGACCCCUUUGUACUCUCCGUGCAGCCUGUGGCCUUCCAGGCUUGCGAGGUGAACCUGACCCUGGAGGGCCGUCUGGAGCCGCAGGGCGUCCUCAGCACGCCUUACUUCCCCAGCUACUACUCGCCCAGCACCCACUGCUCCUGGCACCUCAUGGUGCCCUCCCUGGACUACGGCUUAGCCCUCUGGUUUGACGCCUAUGCUCUGCGGAGGCAGAGGUAUGACCUGCCGUGCACCCAGGGACAGUGGACGAUCCAGAACCGGAGGCUGUGUGGCCUGCGCACCCUGCAGCCCUAUGCCGAGAGGAUCCCCGUGGUGGCCAGCGCCAGCAUCACCGUGAACUUCACCUCCCAGAUCCCGCUCACCGGGCCCGGCGUGCAGGUGCACUACGGAUUAUACAACCAGUCAGAUCCCUGCCCUGGAGAGUUCCUCUGCUCUGUGAAUGGCCUGUGUGUGCCAGCCUGCGAUGGGGUCAAGGACUGCCCCAACGGCCUGGAUGAGCGGAACUGCGUCUGCAGAGCCACAUUCCAGUGCCAAGAAGACAGCACGUGCAUCUCACUGUCCAGGAUCUGUGACCGGCAGCCUGACUGUCUCAACGGGAGUGAUGAGGAGCAGUGCCAGGGAGGGGUGCCUUGUGGGACAUUCACCUUCCAGUGUGAGGACCGCAGCUGCGUGAAGAAGCCCAACCCGCAGUGUGACGGGCUGCUGGACUGCAGGGACGGCUCAGACGAGCAGCACUGUGACUGUGGCCUCCAGGGCCCCUCCGGCCGCAUAGUGGGCGGCGCCGUGUCUUCGGAGGGCGAGUGGCCCUGGCAGGCCAGCCUCCAGGUUCGGGGCCGACACAUCUGUGGGGGGGCGCUGAUCGCUGACCGCUGGGUGAUAACAGCCGCUCACUGCUUCCAGGAGGACAGCAUGGCCUCCCCGGCGCUGUGGACCGUGUUCCUGGGCAAGGUGUGGCAGAGCUCGCGCUGGCCGGGCGAGGUGUCCUUCAAGGUGAGCCGCCUGCUCCUGCACCCUUACCACGAGGAGGACAGCCACGACUACGACGUGGCCCUGCUGCAGCUCGACCACCCCGUGGUGCGCUCGCCCGCCGUGCGCCCCGUCUGCCUGCCCGCGCGCUCCCACUUCUUCGAGCCCGGCCUGCACUGCUGGAUCACGGGCUGGGGCGCCCUGCGCGAGGGCGGGAACGUGGUCUCAUGUAUUCCGUCGGACACCCUGAAGGGUGGCUAUUACGGUCCAUUUUAUGGAUGGGGAAACUGA